UCAGGACGCACGGAAUUACGCGCGAGUACAGGUUUACUCUACUGUGACCACGUGGUUCAUUUAAACGUAAAAAGACGUUUGUUUGAAAAGAUUCUUCAGUAAAAGAAAUGAAAACGUGGAGCGUUCGCUUUCUUUACUUUUUGUUCUUAAUCGCAGCUGUGCAGAAUGUGACGUCCCUGGAAGAGGAGCUCGCCGACUCUAUUUUUGGUAAUUUUCUGGAUCCUGUCAAGGAUUUGUUUGAGCACAGACAUGAGACCAAUGGAAGUCUGGUCAGGUUUUCUUUGCGUAAACCGUCCCAUCCAGAUGAUGACGUGUGCUUCAUUGCCCCUGGAAAAGCAGAAUCUCUCUCAGCCUGUUCCUUCAACAGCUCCGCCAAAACAUUCUUAGUCAUCCAUGGCUGGACGUUGAGUGGCAUGUUUGAAAGCUGGGUGGCUAAACUGGUGUCAGCCCUUUAUGAGCGAGAGCAGACCGCUAACGUCAUCGUGGUGGACUGGCUCAACUCGGCCCAGAACCACUAUGUGGUGGCAGCUCAGAAAACGAAAUCGGUGGGGCAGGAGGUCGCCCGCUUCAUCGACUGGAUGGAGGAAGCCACCAACAUGCCUCUGGACAACCUGCACCUGAUUGGUUACAGUCUUGGAGCUCAUGUGGCUGGGUUUGCGGGAAGUCAUGCAAACAAUAAAGUUGGGCGUAUAACUGGUCUGGACCCUGCUGGCCCAGACUUCGAGGGUGAGCACGCGCACAGACGCCUGUCUCCGGACGAUGCUCACUUCGUGGAUGUGCUGCACACGUUCACUCGAGGAUCUCUGGGGCUCAGCAUCGGCAUUCAGCAGCCUGUGGGACACGUCGACAUUUACCCCAACGGAGGCAGCUUCCAACCAGGCUGCAACCUCAGAGGGGCCCUGGAGAAAAUUGCAAACUUUGGCUUAUUUGCUAUAAGUGAUGCAGUGAAGUGUGAACACGAGCGCUCCAUUCACCUGUUCAUUGACUCUCUGCUCAAUGAGAAAGAGGCCGCCCGGGCCUACAGGUGCAGCAGUAAUGACGUGUUUAACCGCGGCAUGUGCCUCAACUGCCGCAAAAGUCGCUGUAAUGCGGUGGGCUACGACACGAGAGUGGUCCGCAAACCAAGGAAUGUGCAGAUGUACACAAUGACCAGAUCCUCCAUGCCCUUUAGAGUGUAUCACUAUCAGCUGAAGGUCCAUUUCUCCAGUAAAGUGAACCGCUCUGAGAUGGAGUCAUCACUCACUGUCUCACUUUAUGGAACCAAAGGAGAGGCCGAAAAUCUCGAGGUCAAACUAAAGGAGAAAAUAGCCACUAACAGGACCCAAUCUUUUCUGCUGGUGACUGAGAAAGAUAUUGGUGAUCUUCUGAUGUUAAAGUUUAAAUGGGAGGAGACAAAUGGCUGGUCGGCUGCAAACAUGCUAAAGAUAGUCUCAUCAUGGUGGUCCGGUGAAGACGAGGGCAACAGCAUGGACGUCCACCGGAUCCGCAUCAGGGCGGGAGAGACACAGCAGAAGGUGGUCUUCUGUCUCAAAGACCCAGAAGCUCACAACUUAGACCAAGAACUGACUUUUGUAAAGUGUAAAGAUGCCUGGAGGAAGGCAUCAAGGAGAGUUCGUCUGGAUAGUCUCACAUCCUCAAGAUGAUCCCAGAUGUCCAUUCUGUUAGCACUUAUAAUUUAUACACCUUUAAACAUACCCUAUUGUAAAUAUUUAUAUAGCAUAUAAGAUAGUAAUACAUAUUUAAAACAGCCCUGUAAAUGUUGUACAAUUUUGUAAAAUUUGUCUUUUGUUUUUUUAUAUAUAUAUAUUAAAAGCACCGUUGAUUUUCCUAAUGUACCUAAAGUAUCUUUAUAUGUACAUAUUGUUUGUUUUUGUUUUUUUACCAAUAUUAAGAAUCUGUCCUGUAAUGUUCUGGAGGUACUAAAGUCCUGUUUGUAAAUAGUGAUGUAUUUAUUAAAACAACUGUUACUUAGGUUGUGCAGACUGCUGCCACUUCUCCAAGAGCAGAUAAAGCAGUCUUUAAGGAUCUUCAACAUGGUACAUGUUACUGUUUAUGUAAGUUCAGCGUUUCAAAGCAUUCACCACUGUGGCUCUUAGCAUUAGUAUUUGUGACCAAGGGCUUUAUUCAGUGUGCCUUACAUCAGAAGUAGUCUACAGAAUAGUUUCUUUUGCUGCUCAAUACUUUUGAUUGUACAGAAGUUACUCUAGUUACCUCAAAACUGGAAACCCAGGGGACUGUUGUAACUUUCAGGAGUAACUCUUGUUUUAUUGUGACCUUAAACAUUUGCACUGAAAACAGAACAUGUAGCUGAAUAUUUUCAUAUCUAUAUGUAAACACAAUUAUUCAGCUCUAUGCAACAUGUAUAUAGUUUUCUCAAAUGCCUUAUGUAAAUGUGUAAAUAAUCACCAAAUAAAUUGAUGGGACAAAAUACCUUGUUGUUUUGUUUGUUUCAUAAAAUGUACAAUUUUUAUCAUGUAGUUUUCACAAUUCAAGGCUGUGUGUGUUUUCUCAAUAUUUCGUUUAUCAGUGUUUCAUUUCAAACCUUUCCUUAUUUGUUUUUGAUAAAAAUGAGCAAGAAAAGUUAAAUCACCCAAACUAAAACUUUGUAAUUUCUUGGUAUCCUUGCAUUUUGAACAACAUGGAUUU